GCCGGGGUUGCUCGCUCGCUCGCUGGCUCCCUCCCUCUCUCUCUGCCAGUGGGUUUAGUCAGUCUGCCAGCAACCGGCGGGCUCUGGAGCUGCAGAGGACUGGAGCUUUGGACUCCGGCGCCGCCUCUUACCAUUGUUCGUCUGGCUGUAGCAGCGACGGGCGCGGGAGCCUGGGCUCCGGAGCCACCGCAAAAUCAUGACAACAGAGAAGAGUUUAGUGGCUGAGGCUGAAAAUUCUCAACACCAACAACAGAAGGAGGAAAGUGAAGGAGCCACAAAUUCAGGCCAACAAGAAACUCAGCUGGAAGAGGCUUCCCAAGCAGCAGCUGAGGGAGAUAACCAGUGUGAGCAGAAGCUGAGAGCAUCCAAUGGAGACACUCCUACCCACGAAGACUUGACCAGGAACAAGGAGCGGACGUCUGAAAGCAGGGGCCUGUCUCGACUGCUCUCCUCAUUUCUCAAAAGGCCCAAAUCUCAGGUCUCUGAGGAAGAAGGCAAAGAGGUAGAGUCAGAUAAAGAAAAAGGUGAAAGAGGACAGAGAGAGAUAGAGUUUGGAACCAGCCUAGAUGAAGACAUCAUUUUAAAGGCCCCAAUUGCAGCUCCUGAACCUGAGCUCAAAACAGACCCAUCCUUGGAUCUUCAUUCAUUAAGCAGUGCAGAAACACAGCCAGCUCAGGAAGAACACAGAGAAGAUCCAGAUUUUGAAACUAAGGAAGAAGAAGGAAUUGAAGAGUGCUGCAAAACAGAGGUAAAAGAAGAUCCUGAAUCAAAAGCAGAAAGAGAUUUAAAAGUUUCCCAGAAAUCUGUCAGAAGACACAGAAACAUGCACUGCAAGGUCUCGUUGCUGGAUGACACAGUGUAUGAAUGUGUCGUGGAGAAACACGCUAAGGGACAAGAUUUGCUUAAACGAGUAUGUGAGCACCUCAAUCUUUUGGAAGAAGACUACUUUGGUCUAGCCAUUUGGGAGAACACAAACUCUAAGACAUGGCUGGAUUCUGCGAAAGAAAUAAAAAAGCAGGUUCGAGGCAUCCCUUGGAAUUUCACAUUUAAUGUAAAGUUUUAUCCACCUGAUCCAGCACAGUUAACAGAAGACAUUACAAGAUACUAUUUAUGUCUUCAGCUUCGGCAGGACAUCAUUGCAGGACGUCUUCCCUGUUCCUUUGCAACCCUAGCAUUAUUAGGUUCUUAUACCAUCCAGUCUGAGCUGGGAGACUACGACCCAGAGCUCCAUGGCGCGGAAUAUGUUAGUGAUUUUAAACUGGCCCCAAAUCAGACCAAGGAACUUGAAGAAAAAGUCAUGGAACUCCAUAAAUCAUACAGGUCCAUGACUCCAGCUCAGGCUGACUUGGAAUUUCUGGAGAAUGCCAAAAAGUUGUCUAUGUAUGGAGUUGAUCUUCAUAAAGCAAAGGACUUGGAGGGAGUGGAUAUCAUCCUAGGUGUCUGCUCUAGUGGCCUUUUGGUUUACAAAGAUAAGUUGAGGAUUAACCGUUUUCCUUGGCCCAAAGUACUGAAGAUCUCUUAUAAACGUAGCAGCUUUUUCAUCAAGAUCCGGCCUGCAGAGCAAGAACAGUAUGAAAGUACCAUUGGAUUCAAACUUCCCAGUUACCGAGCAGCUAAGAAAUUGUGGAAAGUCUGUGUAGAGCAUCACACAUUUUUCAGAUUGACUUCUACAGAUACCAUUCCCAAAAGCAAAUUUCUUGCCCUGGGUUCCAAAUUUCGAUACAGUGGCCGGACUCAAGCUCAGACCAGGCAAGCUAGUGCUCUAAUUGACAGGCCUGCCCCACACUUUGAACGUACAGCAAGCAAACGGGCAUCUCGGAGCCUUGAUGGAGCAGCAGCUAGUGAUUCAGCAGACCGAAGUCCUCGGCCCACCUCUGCACCAGCCAUUGCUCAGAGUGAAGUCACAGAAGGCGGUGUCCCAGGAGCACCUGUCCAAAAACCACAGAAAGAAACAGUGAAGGAUGAAGUGAAAAAGGAAGAAGAGCCCCCUGAGCAAACUGAACCAGAGUCCACAGAAGCGUGGAAGGUGGAAAAAACCCACAUCGAGGUCACAGUACCCACCUCAAAUGGUGACCAAACUCAGAAGCUUGCAGAAAAAACUGAAGAUCUGAUAAGAAUGAGGAAGAAAAAGAGAGAGAGACUAGAUGGUGAAAACAUUUAUAUCAGACAUAGCAAUUUAAUGUUGGAGGACUUAGACAAAAGUCAAGAGGAGAUCAAAAAACAUCAUGCUAGCAUCAGUGAGCUGAAAAAGAAUUUCAUGGAGUCUGUACCAGAGCCACGCCCCAGCGAAUGGGAUAAACGAUUAUCUACUCACUCCCCGUUUCGAACUCUUAACGUCAAUGGGCAAGUCCCCACAGGAGAAGGAGUGAAGAAAACCUCUGUCCUCCCCUCGGAAAGAAAGGUUGGUGGGCCAGAGAGUAUAAAUGGCAUUCGCACAGAGGUGAUGGCUGUCAUGACAGAGGGGCCUGCUAACCUUGACUCUGAAUGCGAAGGCCCUAAGCAGUCAGUAGUUCCUAGUCAGAGACAGAUGACCGUCCCAGUGGAGUCUCCGCAGAGCUUUGACUUUGGCUCCCUCUCCAUAAGCAGCGAGGAGACAGAAGAGAAGGAGCAGGGGGCGGCCGGCUGUCUUGAUAUUAAGGAGAUGCCACGAGGCCCAAGUGGGGAAUGUGCAGGAGUGGAGGAGGCCAGUACCUUAAAGUUCUCAGGAUCACCAGCUGCCUGUCAGCUGCAGCUUGGUGAAAAAAGGUCAGACAGUAGUGAAGAUCCCGUUACGCCAGGAGAGCCAUUCGGAAAACAAAACGGAGCAUUUCUUGACUCUCGUGUGGGUAACCAGUUCCCCACCUUCAUUCGCAGUUUCCAGCCUCCACUGGUGAAGACUCAGACUGUCACCAUCUCAGACACAGCCAAUGCUGUGAAAAGUGAGAUCCCCACCAAAGACGUCCCUAUUGUCCACACUGAGACCAAGACCAUCACAUAUGAGGCUGCCCAGACUGAUGACAGCAAUGGGGACUUGGACCCAGGAGUCUUGCUGACAGCCCAGACCAUCACAUCUGAGACCACAAGCAGCACCACCACAACUCAGAUUACCAAGACUGUAAAAGGCGGGAUCUCAGAGACUCGGAUUGAAAAGAGAAUUGUGAUUACAGGAGAUGCAGACAUUGACCAUGAUCAGGUCCUCGUACAAGCCAUCAAGGAGGCAAAGGAGCAGCACCCGGACAUGUCAGUGACCAAGGUGGUCGUCCACCAGGAAACUGAGAUCUCUGAGGAAUGAGCUCAGGAACUGUCCUACCCCCAACUCCCUGCCCUUCUCCCAUCCAAGAGAAACCAGCAAAAUGAUUGGGAAGCCAACCUGCAAUAGUCAGACUUUAGACUUGCAAGUUCUCCUAAACCACCAGAAAAUUAAUUUCAUUUUCUAUUUGGAAUUUAUAACAAGAGAUUCUUCUAGAUAUCACUGAUCAUUUUGAAGAUCUUUUUCUAUAUUGUGAUACCAGAAGUUGUUCAGCUUUUCACUCUGUGAACUGUUUUUAAAGAGUUCUUGGCUUUUUUAUGGGGCAGUCUGUAACCCCUGCAACCUACCAUCUCCCCACUUAUUUCCAACCCAGAUACAGACAGGGUCCACGGAAUUCCGCACGAUCCUCCAGGGACUCUGUCCAUUGUGUUGGAGGCCAAAGCCAGCGCCAUGGGACAGCCCACUCCUCUCCUCCUCUAGUCGUAUUACACCCUGUGGAUGACGAACAGGAACUUCAUGACCCAGCUUUCUCAGAACCAAUGAUGUGACUUGCCAGAGUGUCAGGCAGGGUGACUGCCCUGCUCCACGGCUCUCAGAAAAAUGUCCUGUCUCUUCGUCAGGCUGUUUUUGGUGAACCUCUGCUGAGAAUGUAGUAUUGUUUUACCCGCUUCCCCACCUGCUGUUUCAGUUUUUGGAGCUUCUUUAGGUCAGACAGAAGUUGCUUCAGAUAUCUCUGAUACUGUGAAUGCUUGAACAUAUCUGUGGCCUUCAUCUCCCCCUCUUCCCUUGUACCUCAUCAGAAACAGUGACUCUGCCAAGCUCCCCUAAGCUCCCAUCUCAGGAGACCAAAACUCAUGAAAAAGUAAGCACUUUUGGCCAAAAGUUCUACUGGAACCUUUUAAUGGUGGUUUGGGGAAGGAAAGUUAAUGAGGUUUUAAAAACUAAGGUCUCUAGUUCUGGGAGUGUGUACGCCCCAGGCGGGAAUGUGGACCGUACCUCAGGUGGACCCUGCUAAGGAGCACUUCCAGGGGUCGUGGCUCGCUCUUCUGCUGUGAUAUGGACAUGGGUCAGCAAGGUCUGUUCCUGGACCUUUUUUCCUCUGCUAGGCAUCUGCCUGAGGACACCCUUCUGGAGUGAAGUUGUUACAGGCUUAGGAGCCACUUCUCCCACAGGACACCACACGGCGGCCUCAGGUCUGUCCAUUCCCACUCACCUCAAGGAGGUCUGCUGGGUUCUCUAGGCUUGAUUUUGCGGUGGAUUUUGGAUUUCAGGGUUUUUUAUUUUCUAUUCUUUUUUUUUUUUUUCCUGGCCUUGAUUUUGAAAAUGAGGCUUGAUGUCCCCAAUUCCUGGUAGGGAUUUGGAGGCAUUUUUCUUCAGUAGGGCAUCUCUAAUCUUCCUGCAUGCUUCCUACAAGCAGAUCUCCCUGGAAGCUUCUUAAAACCCUAAUUCUAGGCCAGAAGUGAACUUCAUGAGAUUAGACAGUGGGUCACUGACAGCAGUUGCUGGGGGCUGAAGGGAAGCGAGCAUGAGAAGUCUAACAGCCAGCAGCGUAGUGUCUGCAUCUACUAGCUGAGUUUUUAGACAAAAUCAGCUGGUUCGAACUGAUUUCAAGAGUGUGCAUUUUCUGUUUAGUUCUCACGUGAAACCGCUAGCCAGGGAGCCCACUCUCCAGAAGGACGUGAGAGCAGUGGGGUCUGCCACAGGCUUGGGGGGGGGAGCAGGUUGUCCUGAGUCAGGGACAGGACGUGCAAGCCUCUCGUGAGGUCUGUGGUGAGGGGCUCUGGGUGAGGCAGCAGCAGCCAAAGUUAAAACUAGGACCCAUCCAACAAGCACCAAUGGAGCUUGCUUCCAAGGCCAGCUGCAGGGCUCAGAGAGUGGAAUCAUGGGGCGCAGGGGAUGCAGGAAAGGAAGAGGGGGCAUACUUUGGACCCUGAGAACUCUGCUGUAUGGAUCCAUGUCGCAGUUACAACACAGGUCCCCAGACCAACGGGCAUGAACCUUCCUCAGCUCUGCCACCAGCUCAUUCCUUUUCGCCUCUUUGUCUAUAAAUUGGACCAGAACUCUAAUUUCUUUCCAAGCCUCUUCCUUGUUCCUCUCUCUGGCAACAGAUCUUGGGGUUUGGCAAUUGUUUUGAUUUUUUUUUUCUUUCUGCAGGUGUGUGUGAGUGAGAGAGAGAUAGAUAGACAGACAGACAGAGAGAAAGAGAGAGAGAGAGAAGAAACAGACCCUGUCCAGGUAGAAGUGGUGAAGGUAGGGAGGACAGUUACACUUCCAGGGUCAGAGACUUGGCCACAGUUUUCCUAAAAUGACUCAGACACACCACAGUAACAACUCUAGCUGCAAUUUUAUUUUUACUUUAGAAAUAAAAAUUUCCUUCAAACCGUGUGAGAUCUCUGCCACCCACCCACAGAGUAAGACCUACAUUUAUAAGCCAAGGGCUCUGGGAGCCUGACUGCAGGGACCCGCCAGGCACCUUCACUGCAUCUCCCCCAGGCUAUCCCCUCUAUUCUGGGGGACAGCAGUAGGGGUAAAGAGCCCACUGUCAGCUUGGAAAA